GUUUUAGAGAAAAUGACUGUUUAAAGGAAUAUUUAUGUCUUGCUGUAAAAUUACAGCAUGUUGACACAUCAAUACAUCAUCUUCUUGGAACUUAAAAAUUGUGAAUUUGUUUGCUCUGAAGCCAGUGAUCUACUAUUGGAGAAGUUUAACUAGUUAUGUUGAUUAAAGAUGGCGCUUACACGGCUAUCCGCCGCUCAAGCUAGAGUGCUUUGUCUCCAUUAUUACUCUAAUGCUUUGGGCUUCACGUUCGGAGAUGUCGAGGAGGAGGUGUAUCGAACUGAUCAGAUUAAAGAAUGGGGUCCCAUAGAUCAGGAACUGCGAGAUCUAUCCAGAGAGAUAAUAAGCUUCGCUGCAGAGCACGACGAGACCCAGAUAUUCGUCAAGUUCUUCGGAUUCCACAAGUGCUACGACCUCAUCCCAACCUCAGCCAAGCUUGUCGUCUUCGAUACUCAACUCCUGGUCAAGAAAGCGUUCUUUGCUCUGGUUUAUAAUGGGGUUAGGGCGGCCCCCCUCUGGGACAGUGUCAAGCAAAGGUUUGUCGGGAUGUUGACGAUUACCGACUUUAUCCGUAUCCUGGAGAUGAACUACAGGUCCCCGACGCUUGAGAUGGAGGAGCUUGAGGAGCAUAGAUUAUCCACCUGGAGAAAUGUACUGCAUGACGCAAAGGAGUUAAUCUAUAUUCAUCCUGACGCAAGUCUGUAUGACGCCAUUAAAACGCUAAUACACAACAAGAUUCAUAGAUUGCCUGUAAUUGACGCAUUGACCGGAAAUGUUCUGUAUAUAUUGACGCACAAGAGGAUUCUCAGAUUCCUUUUCCUCUACAUUGAGGAUCUGCCUGACUGUACUGUACUGGAUAAAUCUAUUCGGGAACUGGAUAUUGGAACAUACACAGAUAUCGAGGUGGCCCACGAGAAUACCCGGAUAAUAGAAGCAUUGCACAAGUUCGUAAACAAGCGUGUCUCAGCUCUCCCUAUAGUAGACGAUCAGCAUCGACUGAUUGAUAUUUACGCGAAAUUUGACGUGAUAAACCUGGCAGCUGAGAAAACAUAUUCCAACCUGGAUGUUACCCUGAAGGAGGCGAACAAGCACAGGAACGAGUGGUUCGAGGGGGUCCACAAGUGUAGAGAGACAGAGACUCUCUUCGAAGUGAUGAAUAAAAUUGUGAAAGCAGAGGUUCAUAGACUUGUUAUUGUUGACGAUGAUAACGUGGUUUGCGGAGUAAUCUCUUUAUCAGAUAUCCUCAGCUAUCUAGUUCUCAGACCUGGAGGUGAUGAGUUCGCGAAUGCCAAGGUGAAAGAUGUUAAAGUUUCGGAGAUAUCUGGAACAGAUAUCUCUGAUCCGUCUGGAGCAGAAGAAAUCUCCGUUCCAUCCUCCCAACCUGGAGCAGAAGAAAUCUCCGUUCCAUCCUCCCAACCUGGAACAGAAGAAAUCUCCGUUCAAUCCUCCCAACCUGGAACAGAAGAAAUCUCUGUUCCAUCCUCCCAACCUGGAACAGAAGAAAUCUCUGUUCCAUCCUCCCAACCUGGAACAGAAGAAACCUCUGUUCCAUCUUCCCAACUUGGAACCCCCAAAGUAUCCGUAUCUGAAUUACCAGAGAAACUAGUAGAGGAGACUGAACCGUCCUCUUUGAUCUCCUCUGAGAACUCUUCUCUUCCUGAACCAUCAGGUGGAGAAGAGAAUUCCACAGCCGUAGAGUCUGAAACAUCAGGAGGUGCUGAACCUCUUGUCAAUGGAGUUGCUUUUGAAUCCCCAGUUAUUGAAUCUGAUGAUAAACCCUCUAAAGGAGAAUCUGAUGAACCUUUAGAAAAAAUUGGUGAAGCAUCAACCAUAGAAGACCAAUCCUCGGUAGUAGAGGCUGAUGAAUCUUCAGGGGUUGAAGCUGAGACGCCUGUAGAAGAUACUGCUCCGUUCCCCAUUAAACAAUCCAGUCCUGACAAUAUACAGGAACUUCCUUCUAAACUUAUGAAUGGGGAUCAAACAAUCUCUCUUCCAAAUUCUGAAAAGACAAAGGAUUUAUUGAAAUCAGAUUCCACAGACUCGGCGUUUGAAGCAACAGAAGAACUGGUAGAAUCUGAUAUCCCGGAGGAGGGGAGAGUACAUCUCCAGAUUCUUGACCCAACAAACCAACAAUAUAUAGAAACAAGUUUUGAACCUGAGAAAAGUGGGAAGAUGUUAGAAGACUGUGAUAAUCUUGGAAUGGAAAAAUUAAAUGGUCUUUCUUCUCCCGGACACAAAGAUAUAUCCAUCCAAUAGGAUUCAACUAGAGAUACUCAACAUUAUUUAUUAAACCUUGUUACAUAAACAUUAAACCAACCCUGGUGUUCAGCUCCAGGAGUGAAAUGACCCUUCAAGUUUGUGAAAUAUUAAAGUAACCAGACAAAAUUUAAAAUUAUAUAUUUUUUGGGGUUGAACUGAAUGGAUGGUAGUUUUAGAGUAUGAUUGAAAAGUAUUCUAGGUUUUUUUUUUAGAUAAAUAGCAUGUCCGCAAUAUACGGAUCCAUUUUAACUUAGAUCUGGUGAUAUAUAUAAUAUAUAUACAAAUAUAAUAUUUAGUUUAAAUGUAAAUAAUUAUUGUUCGCUACCAGGCAUACUUAACCAAGGACUCAAAUUAUUAAUUUAAAACUUGUUAAAAUAAAUUUUGUCUUUCAUC